AUUAUAAGAAAAAAAGGAAAUGAAGCGAUUUAAAUAAGAUACAAUAAUUUUAUUCCAAUAAUAAAUAGAGAUUAAUGUUACUUUUUUCUAAGCGUGGAAAAUUUAACUAAAGAAUAUGACUAAGAAAUUUGACUAACGAAUGCAGUGGAUUUGUUUAAGAUAUCUUUAUUAAAAAAGUAUUGGUGAAAAUUUUUGCAGCUUUAUCAAAGAAGAUACAGUUAUGGGUGAGAGUAUAUCUGUGAAAAACCUGCUCAUUGCUGGCAGUUUUGCUGGUUUAUCAGGAGAUAUCAUUAUGUUUCCAUUGGAUACAAUCAAAACAAGGUUACAAUCAAGUGCAGGAUUUUGGAAAACUGGAGGGUUUUUUGGUAUAUACAGAGGCUUGGGUUCUACAGUUUUGGGUUCUGCACCUUCAAGUGCAACAUUUUUUUUGGCAUAUGAGUUGUCUAAAAAACACAUUCCACUAUCAUCUGAUUUAUCAAAGCACAUGUUUGCUGCCUGUUUAGGAGAAACUGCAUCUUGUUUUGUACGGAUUCCAUUUGAAGUUGUUAAACAACAUGCUCAAGUACAUCAUUCGAAAAUCAGUAGCGUUGGAGCUUUUAAAAUUAUUUUACAAACCUAUGGACUGAAAGGUUUUUCACGUGGAUAUUUAAGUAUGUUGAUUCGAGAGAUACCAUUUUCAUUAACGCAGAUGCCAAUAUGGGAAUUUCUUAAGAAACAAGUUUCUUUAUAUAAUGGAAGUGAUGUAACUGGUUUUGAAUCAGGCUUAUGUGGUUCGGUUGCCGGUGCUGUUAGUGCUGCUAUUACAACUCCACUUGAUGUUGCAAAAACAAGAAUUAUCCUUGCACAGAACACGUGUUUAAAGACAUCAAGUAAUCCUUUUCGUGUUGUAGUGCAGAUUUUUAAAAAUGAAGGAAUAAAGGGGAUUUUUGCCGGUAUUGUCCCUCGUGUUGUUUGGAUAUCAGUUGGUGGGUUUAUUUUUCUCGGUGCGUAUGAUGAGAUGAAAAUUUUAUUGAAUAAUCAAAACCAUCCAACAUAGUUGAUGAUCAUAUAGGAAGAAUUUUCAUUCACAUUCGCGAAUAUAUGUGAAAUAUGGAAAUUAAUAAUUUAGAAUUAAUUAAUUUAAAAAG